AUGAGUAAUAACAAAGAUAUCAACAUUAACAUUAUUUUUCAUGUUCACUUGCCAUUUGAUACGAAUUCUUACAAGCCCGCAGUUUUGGGUAAUUGCAAUGCUUUAGGCGAUUGGAAAAAACCCAAAGUGUUACUUCGGCAGGUUCCAAAUUCUACUCUUUGGGUGUCUGACCCUGUGAACAUUUCAGCAACCUCUGAUAUUGAAUACAAAUAUUGUCUAGUUUCAUCAUCUUGGAUUCCUUCAGCGAUUUUGGACCCAUUAAAUUUCGAAGGUAGUGGACACAGAUCGAAUCGACAAAUGAUACAUCGUGACUAUAUUUAUGACGUUUGGAAAGAUAGCGAAAAAUUUAAAAAAAGUAAAAAUUCAAACGAAUAUUAUGCUUUUAUUGACUAUAUUUACAAGAAUAUCAAAUCACCUGAUAGUUUAAGAUUGGGUAUCAUAAAUUAUCAGCACAUUUUAAAUACACACAGAGAAGAAUUUAGAAGAAUCAUUGGUUUCAUAAACCAGAUUUUGUCAACGAGUAAAACAAAAGAGCAGGUUUUAUUUUUAUGCGUUCUCCUUGGUCAUUACAUGGAUCAACAAAAGGGUUGGUCGCAUGAAUCCAGUCUUCCAAAUAAAUUUCCGUCCUCUACCGUUAUAAAGGAAUUUAAAAACAUCGAUGAUUAUUCUAGUCUGCCUUCCGGUGCAGAAAACAUGGUCGUGAAGGCCUUUAAUGCUUUGAUUCAACAUAACUCUAAAUAUGGCUUUUUAGAUUGGAUUACAAUAUUUGCACUUACACCUAAGCUUGAUGCAUCAUAUUCAUUUAUUGAUUCAAUCGAAUUAUAUGAUUACAAACAACGACCUGACCUGUUCAUAAAAUUAUUGAAAGAAAUAAGGCCUAGCAUUAAUUAUCUUAAGGGUUCUAAUCAAAUUGCGUUAAAUAAAAUGAUGAAUAAGAUCAUUAGAAUGUCAUAUGACGCGGAAUGUCUCGUACGUCUACGGGAAAGUUUCGAAGACUUAGAGAAUAAUAAUUUUCUGCAAAAAAUUCGUACAAAGCUUUUGGAAUUAGUUAAAGGCAAACAACAGUGUUGGGAUGACGAGAAUAUAUCCUCGCUUAAAAGACUUCUUAAGGAACCUAAUUUUGGGUGGCAACAUAGAGAAUAUGCAAGCGUACUCAAAGCAAUUGCCGAAUCAAAUCAAAGAAUCGUAUUGGAAUUGUUUCCUGAAAUUUAUAAGUUUAUUUUGGGAUUAAAUAUAGAGACUCCUUUACAAAUUCUCAAUCAGGGCCUGCAAGCAGGUUACCUGUCAAUUAAAAAAGAACUUGAGCAAGAAUCGAUCAAGUGGUUCAUAAAUAUCUGUAAACAAAAAAGUUCGGCCUAUGACGUUUGCCGUUAUCUUUCAUUGAUGCAUUCCACUUCGAAACAUGGUCGAGAAAUUUUAAAUAAAUUAUUGAACCAUGAUAUUGUGACGUCAUUGCCCGAUGAUUCUAUGUUCUCCAUUAUGUCACGUAUUGACAAUUUUCAUGAAGAUAUAAUAACUCAUUUUACGUCUUUGGUUAAAGGCAAAAUUGGACCUCUAGUUCAAGUUCCCGAUGAGCGUCUCAUGAAAAUUAUUAUACAAAUUUGUGGCAGUACAAGUUUAAAUAUCCGAAAUCACUCUUGCGAAGAAAUUUUAUUUUUUAUACUCGAUCACCUGCAACAAGUGAAAGGUGUUAGAUUUUCUGAUUUAGAAUCUUUUCAACUUUCGUUAUUUCAAUUUGCAAAAUUUUGGAUGACCAUAUUUAAAGCAAAAGGUUGCAAACAAAAACUACGUUCUCAUCCAUAUUUUAAGGAAACGUGUGAAACGGUGAUUCAUCUAGCUAUGAAUAUUAGAAAUCGUACCAUCACAAUAAGACUUCUUCAAAAAAUUUUUAAAUACUUCAUCAAUAACAGAAUUCUCAAGGAUUAUAUUAACUCCGCUAUAGAAAAUUAUCCGAGUAAAUCUGAUGUCAUUACAGAUGAAAUUAUGGAAGAAAGUUAUAAUAAAUGCUGUAAUUACAAUUCGACUUUGGAACGUCUCCGAAAAUUUUAUGAAAAAUUUUGUUCUCCUCAAUUAGUUAUAGACGUGAAACAAUAUUUUGACAAUUUAGAAAAAAGAUUAACUGAUGCCACACUUAAGGAAUCAUACAUCAAAAAUCAUUGGUCAAUGCACUCUAUGACUAUCGAAAUUAUGAAUCAAUAUUAUCAUUUUGUUGACUCACGAACCUUCUACAAUGUAUUUCAAAUUGCAUUGAAGCCAAAAUUGACAGUUGAACAAGUAAUGGAUAAAAUUAUUAAAGAGGCUGUUGAGAAUUAUAUGAAUAUAUGCAAAGAAUACAGUAAAUGGGAAAACAUUAAAUGCAGCAUUGCAACUGAAUUUUGGAAAAAUAUCAAGGCGGAACACGUUGAUCAAGAAAUUAAUUUUGUGACCCCUUAUUUUGAUAAGCCUAAUAAUGCGUACAAUAUUCAAAGAUUAAUUACCUCUCUAAAACUUUUAGUUUUUAUCUCACCAACAUUGGAAAGGUUAGAUCGACUUUUAACUGUUGUUGAAGCUUUGGAAAUUAUUCAGAGUGAUCAAACUUUUUGGGUCAAAGAAUUUAUACAUAAUUUAAAAGAUAAGGAAUUAAUACUUUGUCAGCUUCAUGAAAUUUUUGAUCAACUUAAUAAAAUUGAACAAAUGUCAUCGUUGACAGAUGAAGUUUGGUUAGUAAUUGAGGAAAUUUGUUCUGCUAAAGAUUUUGUUAUUUUUCUUAAGUCACUUGUCGGACAUAAUCUUAAAAACUUAAUCAAUGGAGUCGAUGAUCAUUCAGAUGAGCGCUUGAUCCAAGAAAAUACAGUCCAGACAUUUAUUCAAAUAAAACAGACCUUAGAACCUUUAUUAGAGAAAAGAAUGGCGAGUGAUGAUGCGCAAUCAACGGUGCAAGAAUUCUUGCAAAUUCUAUGUGGCAUUAUAAAGAAGAAUCCGUCACUUGUACCAAAAUUGCGAUUAUGUAAUGCAAAUGCCCAAGCAUUAAAGAAUAUGCACAGAAGCAUUUCUAAUCAUGGUGAGGUAACAAAAGAAAAGAUCUUCUAUUCAGUGACAAAGGGGGAAUUUUCUUUUAAGCAAAUGAAAGAUAAUGAAAAUAUAUAUACGGCAACAUUAUCAUAUCCUUCUGAAAAUUCACCAGGCGAUAUUGCAAAUUAUACUUUUGAAAACCUUCAAGACUUGCGUAGUCAUGCUUUAUUUAUCGCAAAAACUCCUACCAAUACAAAGGCAUUCACCAAUGAGAAAAAUUCCAAUGAUGAAAAUGAAGCUAACGAUAUCUCAUUAGAUCACAUGAAUCAAUUUGUCGAUAGAGUUGAUCUCGCGCAAGAAAUAAUUGAUGUUGCUUCAUCACUAAAAGAACUUGGACAUUUUAAAUACCGUGAUUUUCAAAAAUCUACACGUUCUACUAAAGAUAUGGAAAAUUUGCUAAAAAUUUUGCUUGAUGAUUUACAAAACUGGGAAGCAAUUGUUAAUGAAGCACAACAAAAACAUUAUUAUUUAACCUUUUUUUUAGCACAACACAUUUUGACUUUCUAUGAUUAUUUUUCAUGCAAUGAUACUCGACCAAAUAUUAAAGAAAAAUGUUCGAUGCUCUUGAGAUAUGUAAACGAUAAAGCAAAAUUGCCAAACAUUGACUCUGAUAACAUUAAAAUAACUCUUGCACCUAAAAAUUAUCAUCUUAUACUUCGCAAGAUUGGAACCAUAUUACAUGGAAUAUUCAGUCAAAUUCCUAUUACUCAACGAAAAAUGACGGCCAGUAUUAAUCGUGAGGCAGUGAUUGCAAUUAAUCAAGGAUGCCUUUUCAUUGCAAAAUGUAAUAAUAAGCUUAAAGUACCUAAUAUUAUUAUGUCUUUAUGUAAUUUACAUAAUAGAUGUUAUCCAGAAGCGUGGCAAGUUCUAAUUUGUAAGUCUUCUACCACAGAAGAAGAGCUUCUAACUUUCACAAAACGAUGUUUUUUCGCUGCAAAGAAUGGAUAUGGGGACCAUUUGUUUUUCAUUGCAAAUGUUGAAUUUCUUGAUUUUGAAUUGCAAUAUCAAUUGGUUUCAAACAUACGUUCUUUAAGUCAACAAGAAAAGAAAUUUUAUCUAGUCUUGAUUUGCUGUCUUGAAAACAAUAUGCAUCAUCAUAUACUCGAUCAAUUUCCCGAACAUACACAUGUAAUUCAAGGUAUUGAUGCGGGUUCAAUGCAGAAUAUUUACAAAGAACUGUGUCCUAAGGUAUUUGUAGUUUCUUCAAAGUUAUCCGGGCAAGGAAAGACUAAGUGGAUUGAAGCGCAGAGCUCCAUUCAAAGAUUGAUUCCUAGAAAAUUUCUAAUAAGUGAUGGUAUAACAUUUGGAGCGCUUGUAAAUAAGUUAUCAGAAAUUAGAUUAAGAAAUACCGAAAGUUUGCAUUUAAAUAUCAUGUUGAUAUACAAUCAUUACGAUGUAAACAUGUUCCUAUUCGAAUUUCUUUCAUUUAAAAUCGUGAGAUACAGAACCAAUUUCUUAAACAUCCCAUCGGCAUUAAUAUAUAUUGAAAUAGAAUCAACCAUGAACCAAGACUUAUCACUUAAUUCAAUUCCAAUUAUCGGACAUUUAAAAAGAGAGGAUUUGACUUGGAAUAUCAACAAUAUAAUUAUUCCUCAAGAUGUGAACAAUCCUAUUCAAAUCGUCACGAGAUAUUUAGAUGCAUAUGAUCGUAAUACAAUUAAUACAACUGACAUCGACUUUGAUGAUGAAGUAAAGCUGAUUUCCGAGACAAAUUGUCGGAAACUAUUACAAAAAUAUUUCUUUGAUAAAGUUACACCAGACAUCGAGAAUUAUCGUUUUCUCGAAAUAUUUGUCAAUGUUCUUGCGGAUCAAUUAAAACGAAUGUCAUCUAGCGUAUUCUUUCGCGUGGAAACAUUAAAAUUGAUGGCAGCAGACAAUAAUAUCCGAAAGACAUUAUUAGAAACGUUAAUAGGAGUAUCCAUGGAUUUUGCAACUCGAUCUGUGAAUUCCAAGAAAGACCAAUCCAAAAACCUGUCCAAUGAGAAGGGCGGGGACAUAAGCAUCACGAGCAUCAAACAUUGGGAAGAUUCAAAUCACUUACUGGUGUUUUUCUUAUCACAAUCACCUGAUUCAAUUAGUGCGCUUUAUCGUGAUAAAAGCAAGGUUCCCAAUAAUGUUGAAAAUUUGUUAAGGAGUCAACAUUAUCCUGUAAAUUCUAAUUUCGCUUUAGAUGACUAUGAUAAUAUGCCUUCUGAAGAUAUCUUAAAGAAACUGGAAUAUUUAGCACGAAAAACACACGAAAAACGUGAAUACGCACCAUAUGCACUUUCUAUGGAUAAUCUUUUAAAGAUGGCUUUAAUUUUAUUAAGAUCAAGAGCAAAUAUACCAGUAGUCAUUUGUGGUGAAGCCGGAUGUGGCAAGACAAGUCUCAUUCAAUUCCUUUCAACAGUUGUCGAUGUUGAACUUCAAAUUUUAAAUUUGCACGCUGGAGUAACUAAAGAACGAAUAUUUAAAUUUUUAUCUGAUGCAGAAGUUGUCGCAGAGAAAAGUGAAUUAUGGUUGUUUUUUGAUGAGAUUAAUACAUGCAAUCAUAUCGGUGUUCUCGCAGAUCUCAUAGCUCAUAGGUUACUCCUAGGAAAAGAAAUCCAUAAAAAUAUUAGGCUUUUUGCAGCCUGCAAUCCUUACCGAUUUCGGCAAAGAGCUGAUACACAAGCAGGACUUUCAUUUGAUAGAUAUGAACAGAAGAAUAGUCUUGUCUAUCAAGUACGACCGCUUCCUGAUCAAAUAUUAGACUAUGUUUGGGAUUAUGGUGUUUUAAAGCCUUCAAAUGAAAAGAUUUAUAUAAAUAUGAUGGUCAAACGGUAUCAGAAUGAUCCUAAGCAAAUAAUUUUGUUCACAGAGCUUUUAUUUGCAUCCCAAGAAUUUGUAAGAACACAUGAAGGAGUACACAGUGUUAGCUUACGUGACGUAAAAAGAGCAAUAAUUAUAUUUAAGUUUUUUUGCAAAAGUCUUUCUGAACGUCAAAAAUUAACUGAAAAAAUAUCUGAAGAACAAACCGAUUUCAGAUUUAAAGUUGUUCCCGAUAUAGUAUAUAAUAUAGUAAAUGACCUAAAAUCCUAUUUUGAAGAUGGUCCAAAUAAUAUUAUAAAAUCUUAUAUAUUAGCAAUAAAUCUUUGUUACCAGGUUCGGUUCUUUGAUCAAGAGUUACGUAAUCGAUACCAAGAAAGAAUGUGCACAAUUUUUGAGGAGCUUGGGGUGGAAAUGAAUUCUAAAACUUUCACGGAGAUUGUUCGAGGAGAACAAAAAGAUUUUAUGAGACGUAUGACGAAGCCGAAUAUGGUUGCUGAAAACUUUGCGCUCCUCGAGAAUGUAUUAGCGAUUACUGUUUGCAUAUUAAAUCAUAUUCCGGUGUUUAUAAUUGGUGCUCCGGGUGCAUCAAAAUCUCUAGCUGUUCGUCUGGUUAGUCAAAGCCUCCGCGGUAAUGAUUCUGAUGACCCAUAUUUUAGAACUCUUCCUCAAGUAUAUGUAGUUCCUCAUCAAGGAUCAUCAUCUUCGACAUCUGAAGGCAUCAGUACAGUGUUUGAUAAAGCAAACAACUACCAAAAAGGAAACUCAAUAGAAGAUCCGUUAAUCACUGUUGUAUUACUUGAUGAAAUUGGCUUGGCUGAAAAAAGUCCUCAUAAUCCGUUAAAAGUUUUGCAUUCAUUACUUGAGCCAAAUUAUCCUGCAGAACUUCCAGAAGUUGCUGUUAUUGGAAUAAGUAAUUGGAGACUUGAUAAUUCUAAGUCAAGCAGGGCUUUAUUAGUACAGAGACCCAACAUUGAAAACGAUGAUCUUAUCGACACUACAAAACUUUUAUUGGGAGGGUGCACGGAAUCUCAAUUUAAAGCUUUAGCCGAUUCAUAUCUUGAAUAUAAAAAUGUUCAACCUAUUAACAACUUUCAUGGACUUCGAGAUUAUUAUUUCUUGGUCAAAAGCCUUAGUCGUGAAGAGUCUGCACAAAUGGCAUUAGCAAGGAAUUUUGGAGGAACUAAUCAAAUGAAUGAAAUUUACAGAGUUCAUUUUCAAAAAGUUGUAACAGAAUUUCAUGAAUCUAUAGACGAUCUCAAGAACUUUUCAAUAGAAGAUCUUAUUAAAGCCAAUUUGAAAGAUAAAAAUGCACGUCACUUAAUGGUCAUUGGAAAAAGUGCUUCAAUCGUAAACAUCUUGACAUAUAAAUUAAAACAAUGGAAUAAACUUGAUGCUGAUUUUGAUUCGGAACCUGUUGUUAUUUAUGGCAGCCAAUUUCCUAAUGAUUUUGAUGGUGAUUAUCAAUAUAGUAUUUUAAGCCUUAUUAUGAUGUGCAUGGAGGAAGGAAGAUCAUUAAUUUUGACGGAUCUUGAUACAAUAUAUGGAAGUCUUUAUGACUUAUGGAAUCAAAAUUACAUAACCAUAGGAAAAGAAGGAAAUCAAACAUUUUGUACACGUGUUGCAUUAGGAGCUUAUUCAAAUCCUUUGGUCACUGUUCAUGAAAAGUUUCGUUGUAUAUUAGUUCUUAAUGAAGAAAAAGUAAAUUACUCAGAUCCACCAUUAUUAAAUCGAUUUGAAAAACAGAGAAUGACUAUAAGUGAUAUAAUAGACGAUGAUAUGAAAAAGAUAUUAAAUAAACUUACAGUGUGGUCGAAGCAUAUAUCAACACUCACAAAUAUGGAAGGAGAAAAUGCAUCAAAAUUUAAUGAAAAUGAUAUUUUCGUUGGAUUCGAUAAGGAGGAAACUUUGCAAAGUUUAGUAAUUUAUAAUAGUAAAGAUCAAAACUUAAGAGGCGAAAUGGCUAUUUUGGAUAAGUGUAAAGAAUUGUUGAUAGGUAUAGCUUUGCCAGAUGGAAUUGUACGUUCAAAGAAAUCAAUGUUAAGUAAUGAAGAAAUAGAUUACUGGUAUAAUUUCUAUUUUAAACAAGACCAUGAAGAUUUCCCUAGUUAUAUUAGGUCAUUGAUAAAUUCUAAAAAAGCACGAGGUUUUAGUUCGAUUAUUUAUACAUUCUCAAACGUUAACACAGAUAUUAAAUCUUGUUUAAAAAAUAUUUUAAAAUGUCAGAUUGACAAACUUUCAACAUUUAAAAGUGAAGCCCAAUUACAAUCCCGUGUUAAGCACUUCUGGUUAGAAUCUAAAGAUGAGAUUUUAAUUUUACAAUGUGAUCUGGAUGCAGCAAAUUCAAAAUGCAUUAAACUUGCAAAAUUCAUCAUAGAUCAGUAUAAGAAUAAAUUUAUGGCAAGUAAAUACUCAGUCAAUCAAGUUAAACAUGUUUGUAUAAUUCUUCAUUUGAGAAAAGAAAAUGUAUCUUCUACAAUAUCAUCAUUUGAUUUUAUGUGUGGAUGGGAUCUAUUUACUAUAGAGACUUUAGUUCUUCAAGAGUAUCCUCUCCAAGCAUAUUUAGAUAAAGAUUUGAUAACCGUUUUGAAAACUGCAUAUACUUUUGAGAAAGUCAUUGAGCAUGAGUUGUUAUGGUGCUUGCUUUGCAUAGAAUUUCCACCAUCAUAUGAAUCAGCCAAAUAUAUCCAAUCACUCGUUCAAAAAAUUCUGUGUCAUAAGGAAUUUAUGAAUUGGAUGAAAACAAGAACCUUUGAAUUGCUACACGAUGAUCAGUUUAAAAAUUGGCAGUUAGAAGUUGCUGUGAAUAAAAAGGAUUUAUAUUUGUAUUCUUCAUUCUCAAUUGCUUUACAAAUAUAUAUUCGUCAUCAAGUCAGAAUGCUUGUAGCUCAACUUUUAAUUGCUUUAGAAAAGUUAUCAGGAUUUUUAAUUCUUGAUAGUGAUAAUUUGCUCAAUAAAGAAAAUAGUAAUAAUCAGAGUAAUAAUGAAAAUAAUAGUAUCAUAUUCGCCUUCUGGGAACCGAUACUUAUGAAUACUAAGAUCAUUAACAUUGAAAAUAUAAAAAUACCUUAUAAAAUAACAGACUGUGUUCAUGGUUUGAAACUUCCAUUUUCACGAUAUUUUAUGGAACAGAUUAACAAAUUUAAAAGUAUAUAUCAGGAUGAUUUAAUGAUGCUAGAAGGAAUUCCAGACAAUCUUGAAGAAAAUGGUGAUCUAAAAUUACAUAUUAUUGAUAACUGUAUUGAAAGGUUUUCUGACCAUAUUAUGUCUAUAGUUCCUGUAUUAAAAUUACCACGAUAUAAAUUUCAAAAUUUAUAUUUUAAUGACUUUGUAGCUAUUGUUUCACAUGGAAAGACUAAUAACAGCAAAAUAUUAUGUCGAAUUAUGUCUCAUCAUAUGAGACAAGAAGUACCAGAUCCUAUAAGGCUUCAUGUAUUUUGGUGGGACUAUGAAGAUUUAAUAUUAACUAAAUUGCAAUUAGUUUUAUUAUUUCCAAUUAUUGAAAAAGAAAUACUUAAUACAAAUUUUGAUAACAAUGAAGAAUUUGAUUUUGAUGAUUAUUUGUUAAAACGACAGUCAGAUAUUAUGAUUAAUAAAUUUUGUGAUAUCAUUGACAAUAAUAUCAAUAUAGAGGGUGAUAAUUUUUAUGAUAUAGGUGAAGAAAAUGUUCAUAAAGCGGAAAAUAAUAAAAAAUAUUCUAGUUAUUAUGAUCAGAAUAACCUGACGCACAUACAAAGCAAGCUUCAAUAUUGGCAAUGUUGUGUUGCAAAUAUUUUGUCAAUUGCUUGCAAUUUACCAAAUUCAUUAAAUAAUUCAUCAUUAAAUAUACUUCGAGGAUAUAACGACUUGUCUAAAUCAAUUCCAUUAGCACAACUACUUCAAAUUAAACAAUGUGGAACUGAUCUAUUUUCAAAACAAUCCAUUGACAUUAUUUUCAGAAUCUUUGAUAAAUUGGAUAGGACAAAAAUUAAUUUGUUUUCAAGACAAUCUUUUACUUUUAGGUGUUUAAAUACAAUUCCUCUUAAAACACCAGUCCCUGAAAAUGAAGAGCAAAAUGGAUUACUAUUCUUUAAUCUUAUUAGUAAUCCAAAAACAGUGGAAGGCACAAAACGACUACAAAUUAUUGAAAACAUCUUAGCUAAUCAAAAAUGUUCAGAAAUGUCAGCAUUAUGUUGUGAUGUUAUUCAGACACAACUUUCUACAAUAUAUCAAUUUGAUAAAUUGUCUAGUUAUUUUCUAAAAGCAACAGAUAUUUUAAUUAGUAAUUCCAAAAAAUUACAGAAAAUUACUGCAAUUGCCAUUUUGAAAGUAUUUGCAAAUGAAUUUUGGGGUCAUACAAAUUUUAUUGAAAAUUUAACUAAACAUACUGAAUACAAACAUACCGAAUACAAACUAUCAAUUGAUAAAAUUGAUGCUUUAAACAAACGCCUAAAAAUAGAUCAUCCUUUGAUUUAUUCAUUCACAAUAUAUUUGCUUAAGUCUUUAUAUUUGAAAGGAUUAACUACUUAUGAAAUCAAGAAAUUUUGUGAUAUGCAACAACAAAAUUUACCAUGGACUAGAAUUUUAAAAGUAGACUGUGAUAAUCGCCUUGGAUUUAACCCUUUCUGGUAUAAUGAACAAUUUAAACAAGUUGAUCUUUUAUUUAAGACAAUUUCUUAUAGUGAUGAAUCAUCAGUAAAUGAUACAUUUAAUUUAUUUAUUGAAAACAAUGAGAUAACUCAGAAAAUUUUAUUGGCGGGGAUGAUAAUGAACAAAUUUUAUCUGAUAAGAGCAUCACGUGAAUUGAAUGCAAAUGAAGAGAUUUUAUUACAAAAGAUUUUUAAAUAUCUACAAUCAUCUCAACUUCCAGAGCAUUAUAAAAUGUAUCUUUUAAAUUUUAUGACGAAUGAUCAUCAAUUAUAUAAACUAAGUCCAAAUGCUAAAAACACUGAAGUAUUUAUUUCCUCGAUUGUUGUUCAUGUCGUAGCAUUGAAUAUUUCAUGUUCUGUUAAUUCAUCUCCUUUAGCUGCAUAUAUGCAAGCACUACAUGAUUAUAAAGAUAAUUAUAUAUUAACAUGUCCAUCGGAUGAGUUGGCUUCGAUAACAAAUAUCAUAAUAGCAAAUGAUUCGGGAACUAGAAGAUAUCGAUGCAAAUGUGGAAAUCCUUAUUUUAUUAAUAAAUGUGGACGCCCAGAUGAUAUUGGUAAAUGCAAUCAAUGUAACAACACGAUUGGUGGUUUGAAUCAUAAUCUUAAUGAAGGAAGUAGCAUUAUAGACAAAGAUAAGAUAAAACAAUCGAUUAAUGUAAAUGAUAUACAAGGUUAUAUAAUUGAAGACAUAUUUGAGACUGAUUAUACCGUUAGAACUUUACAUCCGGCCUCUUAUAGAAUCCUUCAUCUGUUCUUGCACGUAAUUAUUGGCGUUCAAGCACAUUUACCAACCACGAUUGCCUUUAUUAAAAAUCAGGAUUGCGAUAUUGUUCAAUACUGUAAGAAACACAUUGAAACUGACUGGAAAGUGUUAAAAAAGAUUUUUAACUGCGACGAUGAAACUUUGACAUUAGGUAUUCAUUCGAUACUCUCAGAUAUGGUACAAGAAUCACAAAAAAAUGUUGAAAAGUUUACAUCACCAGCCCAAAGAGAAGUUUGGGAAGGAUACUUUAACCAGCGAUAUGUUUUACCAAAAAUAAGAGAGUUUAUAAAAACUGCCAAUGAUUUUCGGGAAGCAUUAAAUAACAAUACAGAUAAUUCACUUGAAAUCAACGAGACUAUGAAUGUUAAUGAUCAAUACAAUGAAAAAUAUUUACCUUUGCUUUGGAGACUAAUCAAAAAACCCGAUUUAGACAAUUUUAGAUCUUAUUAUAAUACUAAUACUGAAAAUAAAGAAUUGUUUCCACUAUUAAACAUAUUUUUAAAGCACGAAACCCAUCUGAACCUUAUCCGACACCUUUUACCAAUUAUGAAAUUUACACAAAUACUAUUUUCAAGCCUUUCUUAUAAUAUUGAGAGACAAAAAGCACAAAAUUUAACUUUUCAACAAUUUAUAGAAGGUGAAAGUAUAAGUGAUGAUACUGGAAAAACAAGAAAGUUUUUGAAUGCAGCAUUUAAUAACUUUGCAAAGUCAUGGAAUUGCGUAAUUCCUCAUGUUAAACGAUAUCGUUGUAAGGAUUUGUCGCAAAAAAUACCAAAAUUACAUAGUAAAUUGUCAAUAAUUUAUGGGCUAUAUAUGCAUGAAUCAACAGAUAAUUAUUUAUAUCUAUGUGCAAUAAUAGAAUUCUUGGUUCAAUUGCAAAAUAAUUUUCUAAGUGAUGUUGUAGAUAUUUCUCCUGGUACUUGUCAAUCAUUAAAAUUUAUUGAGAAAUUAGAUAAUCAAAAACCAAGGUAUCACUUGCAAUCUAUUAAUCUUGAAAACAUAAAAUCAGAACAAAUAAUUGUUUAUGAUGAUAUUAGUGAAAUCUUUUCAUAUUGUCAAUAUAACCUUAGACUAGGCUGUGGUCAAGAAAUUCAAUAUGAUCUAUAUAAGAUUGAAGCUGAAUUAGCACUAGAAUUGGUGUAUGAAAAAAAAUUAUUAAAAGCUAAUAAAAAUCAAAUGUAUUUGAAUACAUUUGCGUAUUCUAAAGAAUUAUUUAGCAGGUCUAUGACGAUAUUAGAAGACAUUAAAGAUUUAAUACAUCAAGAGCCAAUACCUGCUAAUAGUAAACCAGUACUAACGGACAAUAAAAACGAAUUACUUUUAGCUUUAGAAAUAACUAUUUGCUUUUUGAAACAAACAUCUGGAGGAGACCGUAAUACCUUAAUUAGCGAUUAUAUAGAAAAAUGGAUAAAAUCAUGUGUGUUAAGAAAAGACUAUAGUAGUUAUGAAUUAUUGACAAGAACAGGCUUGCAGCUUAAACAUAUUGUAGCACUAUAUGAAUUAGUUGAAGAACAUGUUGCUGAUAUAAUAGCAGAUCAAAUAGAUUCAAAAUAUAAAGCUGAAUUAAGAGAAUCUAUAACGCAAGCUAUUAUAGAAUCACUAGAUUUUGAAAACCCAAUUUCAGAAAAAUCUACUGAAAUUCCUGCGAAAGCAUUCUUAACUGCUUUGAAAAGAUUUAUAUUCAGAUACUUGAUGACUGAUAAUGAAAUCAUUAAAGAAAACGAUCCUCUUUCUAUAUAUCUGGUUGACAAUAUGCUCCAUGGAUGUUGGCCUGAUUAUGUUUCCAUAAAUGUUGUAUAA